AAAUGAAGCAACGAUAACCCACCCAGAAACUAUAUUUAGUUGCACUAUAACAUAAAUCACCCUGAAUUUAGCAAAUCAUGUAGUUCACAUUCAUCUCUCUCCCAUUUCUAUAGCGUAUGCUUGAAUCUCCUCCUUUUUUCACACCCACUUACAUUAUUAUGACCACAUACGGAACAAUUCCGGCCGAGUUGCCGCCAUCAUCGAACUUCAUUUCCCGAGCUAAAGAGCAGAUCCGAUCUGGCCUUGGGACUCGAAGACAAUGGAAGGAGAUGGCGAAUUUCAAAUCCAUAAACCUCCCUUCAAAUAUAAACGAAUCCAUACAAAGAAUCAGAACCAAUGCGGCGUAUUUUCGUGUGAAUUACAUGAUCAUCGUGUUGUUCGUCCUCUUCAUUACCUUGCUUUGGCACCCCGUAUCGCUCAUAGUCUUCAUCAUCAUGAUGGCUGCGUGGUUGUUCCUUUAUUUCCUACGUGACGACCCGGUAUCGAUCAAAGGGUUCGUCAUCGACGACCGGGUCGUGAUGACGGGGCUGUUGGUCGCCACCAUUGCAUUGCUUAUGUUAACCGACGUGACGGAUACUAUCAUCGUUGGCCUUUCGGUUGGAUUGGCUGUCAUUUUGGCACAUGGGAUGACGAGAAGUACUGAUGAUUUGUUCAUUCGCGAUGAAGAAGAAGUGAUACAAUCGCCCGCCCCGGUGUCGGUGUGCAUCGCCGAAGAAUCGGUGCCGUUAAAGAACACGGCGUCCUCUUCUUAUUCUUUGUCCUAACAGUCUCUCAUGAAUGCUUCCGUUGAUGUUGUUCAAUUUCGAACCAUAUAUGCAUGAAUUAGGGUUAAAGUUUGUAUAUUAUAUAUUUUGCUGCAUUAAAUUAUAAAAUUUAGUCUUCAUCAUUAAUCACUUUAUAGGGACACCAUAGCAUUUUGUCACAAUAAUGCUCAAUUAUGGGUGGAAUGGCACUGCAUAUUACAGAAAUUAAUUUGAUGCCAAUGAAGAUGCUGUUUUAUGCGAAGUCAUUUUGUUGAUGGAGAAAAUAGCAGAGGUGAAGCCAUGGACAGAAU